CACAAUGAGAGGUAUUAUGAGAUGAUAUCUCCGCCCACAUCCCUAACCCGUCAGUGAGUAAUAAUAUCAGUCAAGUCACUUUGCAGAGAUUGCUGUCGUGGGAUGAAACCACAGUAAACUAUUUUGUCUGGAGAGGCAGAAACAAAAAUUAUUGUAACUUUGUUGCACCAGGAGAAACCUGCAGCAGCUGAAGAACAUUUGGAAGGACGUGCAUCCUACAUGAGAAAUCAUUUUCAUGGAAUAUGUGAACAGGUUUGGUUCAACCUAAAAUUUGUUAUUUUAGAUCGAGGAUGUCCUAACGGGAUCUGACAGAGAUGUUUUGGUGCCUUCUGGACUCCUUACCUAUGACUGUGAUGCUCAGAAGCAACAAAAACAUGGGGAAAUAUAACCAGGACUGAAAACCAUAAUGCGUUUUCACCAGUCAAGCAAAAACUCUUUCACUGGGAUAUCUGUACUUCUGUUUUUGGAUGUUUUAUAGUCUCAGAUAAACCUACAGCACGCUGUUGGCACCAUGCCUUACCACGACGAGGAGUACCCAGGUCAGCCUCUCUGGCAGUCUGUGCUUUUGUUCUGCUGUAAGGGUAUGAUCGAGGGCAUCAUGGUCAUACUCUUCUUCUGGCUCCUCAUACAAGUCCUUUUCACCAAACAAUUAGAAGUUCAUCUCCAAGUUCUGCUUUUGGUUGGACUGAUAACCUUCUGUUUGUCUUUGAUCUUCGGAUGUUUUAUAUGCUGGAGGAAAAGCCAGAUCUAUGCAUCAAAUGACAAAGAACCUGUGGCAUCAGCUCCAUCUCCUGCUGAACCUGUCACAUGUGCACAGAGCCCCCCUCCGUCAGCGGCUACAACCACUUCCAGGCACCAAUACGAGGAGCUGGAUGGAGAUGUGCUGGACUACCCCUCCACGUUCUCAAGCCCUGCUGUCUCUGAGGGUGAAUUUACUUCUCUGUCUAUAUCUAAUCGAGCUUGUACCACCUCUCAGUGGAAGGAGCAACAAAAGUCCUGUUUUUCCCUACGGCGCCUCAGCACACCACAAGUAUCGUCAGCCAAUUACAAACCCAUAGAUCCCAGUCAUGUUUCCUUGCCGAUUUUCCCCAGACUAGGACUUUUGGCCAAAACAUGUAGGGCCAUACAGAGACGGUGCACUGUGAGUGGGGAUAGCAUAUCUUACAAUGAACACAGCAGACUCACAAGCCCCAGUGCUGUCUUUCCUUCAAUGCCUGAAGAACCGAUUCCACUGGUUCCAUUGAACUACGGCUCCAGCUCGAGCCAUCAACCAGUAUCACCAAAACCAUGCCUCCAUUUCACUAUGGCCUUUUCUACAGAGCAGAAAACACUGGCAGUCACAAUCCUCAGCAUCACUGGGACCAACCAUAAGCUGGAGGAGGUGUCAGUACUGGGCAGCCUGCCUCCUCUGUACCCCUGCCCCACACAAGCCUCCAUCUGCAGCCACCUCAGCCCCAAAACCCCCAGCCUGGAGCUCCUCCUGAAGGUGAGCUCUGUGAAGGAGCUCCAAAAGUGCGUCCUAAGAAUAGCUGUUUACACUCGGGAACAGCCCAGUUUGAGAGGUACCACUCUGGGGGAACUAGAGGCUGAAUGUGGUGAAAGAGACUGGAAAACAAACCACCUGUUUUAUUUCACAAAGGAGCUAAACCAAACCAAGUGGAAACAAAAGGAGAGUCUGAGCCCCCUGGAUACAGUGACACGUAAGGGGCUUAGCUGUCCUCCACAGAUCUUCAUUCUCCUCCAGUACCAGACUCUCAGCCACUGCAUCAAAGCCACGGUUCUCAGAGCAGAUAACUUAGACAGCCUCAUUAGCACAUCUGCAAUACCAGAUUAUCAGGUGGUGAUUAAUCUACACCAUGAGGGAGUUAUAAUCAGCAGCAGAGAAACUACAGGAGGGUCUUCAACUGUGUGGAAUACGCCUUUCCUCUUUGACCUGCCACCAGGAGACAUCAACCAGCUGCCUCUCAUGCUGGAGUUUAUAAUCAUGCAGCAGAAUCAGGUGCUCUCUAAAGACAAACUUCUUGGUAGAGUCUUUAUCGGAGCUGAUGCUGCAGAUGCCGGGCGUGCCCACUGGAGGGAUAUGUGCAGUCUGCAGGUGGAACAGGCACGCUGGCACACGGUGCGACCUGAACCUCUAUAGACCUCAAACAUACAGUGUAAGAAACUCAGUCGGUCUUACUCUGCAUCCAAAAUAAAUGGUUCGAGGUCAUCAAAUGCACACAGCUGCUAUUCAGCUUUGCAUAUCAAAUGACUGACACUGCAUUUCAGCAAUAAAAGAUUACAAUAGCCUUAUUUCAGAGAUGAAGUGUAAAUUUUCUCCUACAGAAAAAGUGGAACUGCACUUUUCCGCAUGACUUUUGGAACAACUUGUUUACAGACUGUAAACUUAUACCAGAAAAUAUGUUUUUAAUCAAAUGUUUAAGUUUUAAGUUAAUUUUUUGAUUGAUUACUAUUAAACAUUUAGUCUUAUUCCUACUGAAACUGAAGAAACACAUAAGUAUAAUUGAACAGAGUAUUAUGAACACUAUCCAGAAAUACACAUUUCAAUAUUCAGUCCAUUUGACUACAUUCAUUUCAUGUCUAAUAUAUAACAUGUAAAUUAUUUUCUGAAGCAAUUCCUCCGUAGCUAAGGUUAAAUUCUCUGUAGCAUUUCCUGAAUGUAAACAAUGAUGUGAAUAAUCAUAUCAUGUCAUAUAAAUAAAACACACUUUUUCUUGAGGUACCUUGAAAACUUUUAUCAACACAGUUGUGUGUGAUAAAAAUAUUAAAAUUGCAUAUUUUCAUCUCA